AUGAAGUCGACCAAGUCCAACCCGGACAGUUAUGAUCCGUCCAACGAAAGCAUCUCCGAGUUUAUUGUCAACAAAGAGUGGAAGCUGAUCAAGAAGAUUGGCGCCGGCUCAUUCGGAGAAAUCUUCAUGGCCGUGCACAAGAAGACCCGAGAGCCGGUGGCCAUUAAAAUGGAGCUCUACAAGCCCGGCGUGCCGAUCCAACUGCAAACGGAGUGCCAACUCCUCCGCGUCCUCAACAACAGUCCCGGCAUUACCAAACUCUUCUGGUUCGGACGCGAUGGAGUGCAAAACCUUUACACAGCUCUGGUCAUGGAGUAUCUGGGCCCAAGUCUGGAGGACCUGCAUGUCUACUGCGACUGCAAAUUCUCCAUCAAAACGGUCGCCAUGAUUGCGGAUCAGAUGAUAAAACGCAUUGAAACGCUGCACAAAAACUGUCUCAUCCAUCGUGACAUUAAGCCGGACAACUUCGUGAUGGGCGUCGGCAACAACUUCAACACCGUCUACGUCAUUGACUUUGGCCUCUCCAAGUACUACAUGGACCCGAAGACCAAAGAGCACAGCAUAUUUCGAGACUUCCGAAACCUGACCGGCACCGCUCGCUAUUGCAGCAUCAACGCUCACGCCGGCUACGAGCAGUCGAGGAGAGACGAUCUUGAGUCGCUGGGCUAUGUUUUCAUCUACUUCGUCCGGGGCUCUUUGCCAUGGCAGGGCCUGCAGGCCGACAGCAAACGGGAAAAGUUUCGCAAAAUCUACAAAACCAAACUGGGCGUCCGAAUCGACUCUUUGUGCCAAGGUUUGCCGGAGGAGUUCGCCAAAUACCUGCACUAUUGCCGAAAUCUCGCCUUUGAAGAGGAGCCCAAAUACCGCUACCUGAGAAAUCUUUUCUGGAGGGUACUGGAGAAACGGAACCUAAAGUACGACUUUCAGUAUGACUGGCUGAAAAUGUGCUCCACGGAAUAA